AUGACGUCUCCGCGCCGUAGGAUCGAGACCGAUGUCAUGAAGAUGCUCAUGAGCGACUAUGAGGUGACGUUGGUCAACGACAACAGUAUGCAAGAGUUCUACGUUAGGUUCAAGGGACCUGCGGAAACCCCCUUUGAGGGUGGUGUCUGGAAGGUCCACGUCGAACUCCCUGACCAGUAUCCAUACAAAUCCCCGAGCAUCGGCUUCGUCAACCGCAUCUUUCACCCAAAUAUCGACGAGCUGUCGGGGUCGGUCUGCCUGGACGUUAUUAACCAAACCUGGUCGCCAAUGUUUGAUAUGAUCAACAUCUUCGAGGUGUUCCUGCCACAGUUGCUGCGUUACCCGAACCCCACAGACCCGCUCAACGGCGAAGCAGCUGCCUUGCUAAUGAGGGAACCCAAGAGUUACGAUGCCAAGGUUCGAGAAUAUGUCCAGAAGUAUGCUAGCAAGGAGGCACUUGAGGAGGCCGAGAACGAGAGCGAAUCAGACGACGACUUAUCAUCGGUGGGCAGCUUUGACGACGAUGAUGAGGACAAAGAGCAUGACAAGGAGAAGGACGGCGACGAUGAAGAGCAGCCCGCUGGUAAGAUGGAAGAUGUCUAA